GAUGACAGAACCAGUUCCAUCAUCUAGCAAACUGGGAAAGAAACCAAAAUGGUAUUUCGCGGACGAUGAGCUUGCGAGGCUUCCAUCUAGAAUGUCAAUGGAUUCGGCUGCUGAACUCAAAUAUAGAAGAGAGGCUGCAGAGUUCAUUCAGGAGAUGGCUGAGCGGUUGAACCACAACAUUCCGCAACACAGAGGACAAAUCAAUCAGAAUUGCAUCUGCAUUGCAAUGAUCCACAUGCACAGAUUCUUCACCGUUCAUGCAUUUGCCUUCUUCAAUAUGUACAAAGAGGUUGCCGCAGCGUGUCUCUUUUUGGCCAGCAAAAGCGAAGAAUGCCCCAGGAAGCUUGAGCACGUGGUGGAAGUUUGGUUCAGGUUGAAGUUCAGGAAAGCAGAAGUGCAGCCGCCAUUUAACGAAGCAGUCAGUUAUUUGAUGAAAAAAAAAUUUGGCUUACACACUUCAUUUGUUCUAUGCGAGGAACAAAAUUUUUUUAGGCGAGAAAGAACGGCGCGCAACUACUAGUCUACCUGGAAGGCAUUCUGUUGCAGACGAUUGGUUUGUAAAUUUCUUUAAAUGAUCAAAGAUGGAUUGGGUUUUAAACGAUAGGGAAACUCCUGACUUUGUCCCUUGUCUUGGUUUUCUUUAGUUGCCCAGACAGACUUGUUCAGUGUAUUUAUGACUUCGAGGUCUGGAUUGAUUUCCAAUCCAUUAACUUGGGUCUAGUCCUUGUCUUUGGACAAUAAGAGAAAUUUAGGCACCUGUGCAUAACUAACUU